CAGACGAGCAAGAGCAGCAUUGCGCAGUAAACUCCUCUAGCAAGUUCAGAACACCUUCACUCUCCUAAGCUAUAUUCUCCACACUUGAUCUGGGAAACAUUUGCUUACCCCCCCAAAACCUGCCUAGUCAAAAAGUUCUGUCCAGUGUCGAUCAUCAUGGCUCCUCGCUCUCAAUUGGAGAUCGCCACGGCAUCUGUCGAGCGCCUGGUCAAAGAAGAGGCUUCGUACCACCGUGAGCUGCAGGAGCAGACGGAAAGAGUUAAGAAGCUGGAGUCCCAGGAGGGCGGCGAUGACGAGAACAGAGAGUACACAUUGAGGCAGGAGCGUCUGGCUCUCGAAGAAACCAAAAAGGUCCUCCCGACACUGAAGCAGAAGAUUGAGGAUGCUAUAGCCAAGCUCAAUAGUUUGCUGGUUGAGGAAGGAAAGAAAGGCCCCGAAAGUAAUGUCGAGCAUAUUAAUGCUGCGAAGGAAGCCAUCGCCAAAGCCCGAACAGCGGAGCGGGAGAUCGCCUGAGAUAGCUCAUUUUUCCAUCUACUGGCACAUGUACUUAAUCCACAGCACGAAAAUUAUUCAAUAAAUUGCCCCUGAGAAAAGCAAAGCCAUUGUUGCAUUGUGAUAGUUAGCCUAAUGCGAACGCCACCAACCGAACU